AUGGCUGAGCAAAGUAGUGUUGUAUACUCGACUCUAACAGAUGAGGAUGAAAAAAGCUUUGAAACUAUAUUUAACAAACGUGGAGUUACUGGUUUAUAUGAAUAUUCUCGUCGAAAAUUAGAUUCGUGGCUAAACGUUUCUCUAAACAUCGCAGUCACGGGAGGAUCAGGGAAAGGAAAAUCAAGUUUCAUUAAUGCAAUUCUCAAUCUCAAAGUGGACGAUGAGGGGGCUGCUUUUACAGAUGUCAAAGAAACAACACUGGAAAGAAAAAGAUAUGAACAUCCUGCAAACAAGAACAUAGUAUUUUGGGAUUUACCUGGAGUCGGUACAAAACAUUUCAAACAGGAGGAUUAUUUAAAUAAAGUAAAGCUGAAUGAAUAUGAUUUUUUCAUCCUUGUUUCUUCUGAGCGUUUUUCAGAAAACGACUGUUGGCUAGCUGAAGAAAUUAGGAAGAUGGAUAAACGGUUCUUCUUUGUGCGUACAAAAGUAGAUAAUGACAUCAACGCAGAGAAGAGGAGUAGGAAAAAAAAUCGCCGAACACCGGAAACAAUCCUAGACUUGAUACGAUCGGACUGUAAGGAGUGUCUUAAUAAUCUCGGUUUUCCUGAAAGCCAUGUUUUCUUGGUUGACAAUUUGUCGCCAUACCUCUUUGAUUUUGAUCGACUAUCAAAACAACUAAUUGAAGAUGCACCAAAGAGGAAACGGGAGACACUUCUUUUCUCCAUUAAAGGAUAUGCUUGUCAAGUCAUAAAUGAGAAAAAAAAACAUCUUGAAAAAAGAAUCCCGUUAAUUUCCUUGGGAUCUGCAGUUGUGCCAAUAUCUGCAGCUGUUCCAAUACCUGGACUUGGUUUAAGUGUUGAUUUUGCCGUAAUUAUAAGUGAAAUAACCUUUUACAGAGAACAGUUUGGAUUGACUGAUGAUGAUAUAAAGGAUACUGCAGAGUUUUUAGGAUUGCGAGAAGAAGAACUGAAAGAAGAAUUUGGCAUCGGAACGUUUCUGCAAAAAUGCACACGUAAAGGAAUCAUAACUCUCUGUUUGCAAGCUGCAUAUUCGGCUAAUUCAGCAGAAAUCUCCAAAUAUACAAUCAUCCCUUUACUACUAGGUAGCAUCGCAAACGGAAUGAUAUCGUAUAGAACAACUUCAUACUGCCUGACGACAAUGCUUGAAGACAUCUACAAGGUUUCGGUUAAAAUUUCUGAAAAAAUGAGUUCUGAUAUAGUAGAAACACCUCUUGAUUAA